AGCGCCCCGCAGAAGCCGGAGCCGCUGCCCUCCUCCUCCUCCUCCUCCGCCCAGUCUCCAGUCUCUGCUGCCUUCCAGAGCCAUCGCGGCGGCUGCUGCUGCUGCGUCGGGGAUUCGCCUUGCCAGCCCUUUCCCCACCUGCCUGCCUCCUCUGGCGGAGAUGCCGCUGCGGAAGCCGAUGCCGGCGGCCCGUUCUCACUGAAGGAGGCGAGCCGGGAGCAGAGAGAGCCGGCGCCCGAUUUGGGGAGGGAGGCGACUGCAAGCUGGGGACUCUGCAGGGAGGAGGGGGCGCCCGGUGGCGGCCAAGCCUGCUCGCCCCCCCUCCGCCCCAGCCACGCGGAGUCCGCGGCCGCCGCAGCCCACCCGCCGCUCCUGCCCACCACCAGGUGCAAACGCCCAUGCAGCCGCGCAGUGACGUCUCAGUGCAAAAUCAUGAAAUGCAACUCUGAAUUCCUGGCCGCCACCUCGGGGCCUCACCACCUGGGCCUCGAGGAAGCCCCCGAGUUCUGCACGGCCCUGCGUGCCUACGCCCACUGCACCCACCGGACAGCUCGGACCUGCCGGGGGGACCUGGCCUACCACUCCGCCGUCCACGGCAUCGACGACCUGAUGGCCCAGCACAACUGCUCCAAGGAGGGGCCGACCUCGCCGCCACGCCUCCGCCCGCCGCCCCGAGGAGACAGUCAGGAGCGCUCCGACAGCCCGGAGAUCUGCCAUUAUGAGCGGAGCUUCCACAAACACUCCCCCCCACCCAACUACACCCACUGUGGGCUGUUCGGGGACCCACAUCUGAGGACUUUUUCCGACAGUUUCCAGACGUGCAAAGUCCAAGGGGCGUGGCCGCUUAUAGACAAUAACUACCUGAAUGUGCAGGUCACCAACACACCUGUCUUGCCUGGCUCCACUGCAACCGCCACCAGCAAGCUCACCAUCAUCUUCAAGAGCUUUCAAGAGUGUGUGGACCAGAAAGUGUACCAGGCCGAGAUGGACGAGCUCCCGGCUGCCUUUGCCGACGGCUCCAAGAAUGGCGGAGAUAAGCAUGGUGCCAACAGCCUAAAGAUCACCGAGAAGGUGUCUGGCCAGCACAUUGAGAUUCAAGCCAAGUACAUUGGCACCACCAUUGUAGUGAGGCAAGUGGGCCGCUACCUCACCUUUGCCGUGCGGAUGCCCGAGGAGGUGGUCAAUGCCGUGGAAGACAGAGACAAUCAGGGCCUGUAUCUCUGCCUUCGGGGCUGCCCACUCAACCAGCAGAUAAACUUCCAGGCGUUCCACUCCCCCACACAGACAACAGAAAGCCGGGCUCGCCGAAAAGGCCCGAGCCUCUCAGCUUCACCGGAGGCUUUCACCUAUGAAGCAGCCACAGCCAAGUGCCGUGAGAAGCUUCCGGUGGAGGACCUGUACUUCCAGUCCUGUGUCUUUGACCUCUUGACCACGGGUGAUGUCAACUUCACUCUUGCAGCUUACUACGCCUUUGAGGACGUCAAGAUGCUCCACUCCAACAAAGACAAGUUGCACUUGUAUGAAAGGACCCGAGACCUGGAGCCAGGCAAUAUGGCAGGCAUGGAGCUCCCUACACCUCUUCUCUUUCCAUUGGUGGUGUUGGCGUGCUUGAGCCAGUGUUCCGCCAUCUUCCUAUAGACCUUCCAUUGUGGUAGACCUUGUGGGCUGUGGAAGGUGGUGGGAAUGAGGAAGAAAAUGAUUGCUUUGGAUAAAGUAAGAGCCAACCAGGAGUUAUGGGGUUGGGCUUUUUUACCUUUCUCCCACUGCAAGAAGCAACACGUUGAGCAAAUGCCAGAGCUUCCUGCAACAAGAUGGCCUUUCCCCAGUUUCGACUAGGCUGUAACUCCCGUUAGCUCCCUCCUGUGUCCCCUUUCCCCUUUCUCUUUCUCCCGUCUUGAAGGACAAUGGAGACUUGCUGGUCUCUACCCUCUCUAGUUGUCUCAUAAAUGGUUCCGGUGAUUGUGACGUGGGCAUUGGUGUACAGUCAAGUUGUUUGCAGAAAGAUGGUGGCUGUUGUCGGGGGAAAGCGACAUUAUCGUGUCCACGUAGGAUGUCGUGAAAAGACUCGUUGAAGGGCCUUUGUUUGAGCAGGCCUUAGUUGGACAAAGAGAAGUCCAGCUAACUUUGUGACUGGCCUUCGGUUGGAUGUUCCUGUUUCCGCCAGGGGGCGUUGACGGCUGUUGGCAAACUGGCUUGCACAUGUGGGACUUGUCGUGGCAGAUGACUGCUGGUACACACCCAACCUCCGUGGUCUUGGCUUGCUUGUGCAGCUGCUGGCAGGUGCCCUUGCAAAGUUGGGGGUUGCCAGUCUUUGGAACUUGCCUUCCCACCCUUUAGCCCUGGAGAGACUGCGUGCAAAGAAGCUGGUUCGCAAGAAUCCAUGCAUAGCAUUCUUCUUCUCCUAGCAUCCAAGGUCCCUGAAAGGACCAGUCCCUUUUUAACGGAAAGGGUGUUAUUUCAAUAGGAAAAUGUGGUUUUUUAAAAAGAAAUCGCUGGGGUUUUUUACAUGGACCCAAGGACAGCUUGACUCCAGAGCGUUCCUUUCCGGCAGCUCUGAUAUUUGUCUUGGGUAAAGUAUUGGUGAUAUUAGGGCUGUUAUUGUUAGGGAUGGGGACACAUCUUACCAAAUUUUGGGAGCCGUGGGCGCUCCCAUUUUUUCUGAUCACCUGUGAGUAAAAAGCACAGUAGGAGGGGGAAGAAGUGAUGGUCUGCUAAGCAGCAGCUGAGUCAGAGGGCUUUUGGUCCUCUCUCCUUAAAGAGCUCUGCUGGGAAGGACCCAACACACACACACACACACACACACACACACACACUCAGCUGCUUCUUAGCAGACUCUCACUUCCUCCCCAUCCUACCUUGAUUUUCACUCACAGAUGAUCGCCACUCCCAAACUUGAGUAAGAAGUGUCUCCUACCCUAAUUAGAAUGGGGAGAACCAGCCUGUUAGGUCUCUCCUCCUCUUUCCACGAAUCUCUCCCAUCCCCUGCUCACACUCCAGCACUCUCAGGAGGAUAAACUAGGCCAGUAUUCAGGUGGCAUCUGCCACUGCCUUCCUGCAUCAGCCAUGAAACCUUCAACCCAUGGUUGCAACCUUGCACAUUAAAUAGGUGCUGAAGCUUUUCUUCCUCUCCAGUCCCUGUGCUUGCAUCCAGAAAUGGGUAGCACUCCCCUGACACCCCCCUCCCCCUUGUGACAAAGACACAAGUCUCUCAACCUCUUCAGUCUUGGAUUUAUCAUCUGUUUACAGUUGUUGCCUAUCUAAUCAAUGCCCCAGCUCUCCAGAGAUUUUGCAGGGGGUUCCCUUGGAAAGACCCAAGGACUAAUCUUUCAAGCAAAGUCCUCUUUUAAAAAUAAAUAAAUAACAAAAACACCCAGACACCAUGGGAAGGUCCCAAUCCAUAAGUCAAAAUAAUUGGUUCUUCCAGCCACCCAACUUUCACUCUUAGCUUGGUGUCUCUGCAACCCUGUUCAGAAAGCAUCAGAGAAACACAGUUCCGUAGCCCUUGGAUGUAAACUAUUGUGUCUAUAACAUGUCGAGUGCCCUCAUGUUGGUCUUGUGUGACUCACUGUACAGAUGAAGAGAUGUAACUCCCCCCCCCCUUUUCAAAUGUUUAAAGAAAGAAAAAUGUGUUUACUACUACACCCCAUGGUUUGCUCGCCAGUGGCUGAUAUAUCAUUCUCCGUCUUCUCAAUUUGUGUGUUUUGAGGGAGAUUUUGAAUUGGGAUCUCUCGGCCUGAGCUGUUGGUUUGCAGAUGUUGGGGUUACUGGGGAAAGCCAGUUAUGGGGAUGCCAAGUCUGCAAAUGGAGAAUUGAGCAUCUCUUGACAUAGGUAGGCUCAACUCCGGCCGGUCUUCUUUGGUGGGAUGAUAUCUCUUUAAUAUCCACGUUUCCGUAAAAACAAAAAUAUCAACUGAUCCAGUACCCCGGCCUAAUGUUCAGAAUAUCAGGCCUGCUCAACUUUGGCCCUCUUGCAGAUAUUUGCCUACAACUCCCAUAAUCCCUGGCUAUUGGCCACUGUUGCUGGGGAAUGUGGGAGUUGUAGUCCAAAAACAGCUGGUGGGGGACCAAAGUUGAGCAGGCCUGAUUCAGAUUGACAUUUCUGAAUGUCAAGGCUUAGGAAAGAUUGGCAGCCCAAAUACAGAAACAUGGGCCAAAUUCAAAGAACAGAGGCACGCUCAAAGCACUAACUAGCAGCUGCCAUUUUGCUUCACAGUAUCCACCCCCCGCCCAAAAGUGAAGGCCGGAAGCACUGCCCUCACUCUGAUUGGCUCCAUAAUGGCGCUAUGUGAUGACAUCAUCGCUGGUCACUCCAAAGCAUUGCCACAUUGGUCAUCACCACCUCCCUUAUUGGGCUGACUUCUCAUUGCAAUCAGUUCCAUAUCCAGUUUCCAGCUGUUGGGGUAUCCCUGUUUCAAUGCUCAAAGAAUCAAGAAAGCACUUUAUUUUGGUUGUGUUUGGCCAAGUUCUGGCUUUUAUAGGUGAAACAGAGCCAACAAAGACCCAAUGGGUAGGAAAAUUAAGCAAAAAAGGAAAGGAAAAAAAGAGGGUGGGGUGGCCGGACACAUACCAGCCUCAAGAGCCCCCUCCCGACCCAGUUUGUUUUGUUUGUGUGCAACGUGUGCAGUGUUGAUGUACAUACUGUAAAUUAUUUAUUGAUGAAAAUACAAGUAAAAAAAAUUCUUCCCACGAUUGUGGUCCUGAUUGUCGUUCUGUUAAUGCAGUCUUUUAGGGUGGGGAAACAUCAAACUGUAUAGAGCAGGGAUUCUCAGUUGGGUCCUCAGAUGUUAUUGGACUUCAACUCCCAUCAUCUCCAACCAAAGGCCCCUGGGGCUGGGGAUUACGGGAGCAGAAGUCCAAUAAUAUCUGGGGACCCAACAUUGAGAAUCUCUGGUAUUGAAUGAAUGAGUGUGUGUGUGUGAGAGAGGUCACACUUACUAACCCUUGCUAAACCCCUGCUAACUGGGCAAAGAGGCACCUUUUGACGUGGUGAUUCUCUUUAAUUAGCAGGGGGAGAGUAAGUGGCCCUAUCUACCCCAGUACAGUACCUCCAGUGACGGUUGCUAGUGUCUAUCUUAUGUUUCUUUUUAGAUUGUGAGAUUGUGAGCCCUUUGGGGACCAGGGAGCCAUCUUAUUUAUUUAUUAUUUCUCCAUGUAAACCGCUUUGGAAACUUCUGUUGAAAAGUUUUAUAUAAAAAUAUUUGUAGUUGU